AUGAAAAUAGCUACGUUUGAUGGUGAUUUCAUCGAGUGUAGAGCAAUACUCGAUUCUGGAUCACAAAUAAACUUAAUCACAGAAAAACUGGCAAGAAAAUUAAAAUUGCAGUUACACUCAUCACCGUUAUGGAUAGAAGGAAUUGGUAGAAGCAAAAGGGACACAAAAUACAGUGUGACAACAAAAAUUCAGUCUCGAAUUAAUGAUUUCAAUGUAAAUAUCAACGCAUUCGUGAUGCCUCGAAUUAUCUCAGCCCAACCAACACAGUGUCUGGACACUUCUGGUUGGUCAAUUCCUCAAAAUAUAAAAUUGGCUGAUCCAGACUUCGCGAAUCCAAAUCAAAUUGACUUAUUAAUUGGAGCAGAAUUCUAUCACAGCUUUUUAUCGAUUGGUCAAAUCAAAAUAGGUGAGGGUCUACCUGCACUUCAGAACACGGUUUUCGGAUGGAUAUGCAGUGGCAAAGUUAGCAACGGUAAUCAAAAAUUACUUACCUGUGGCAUGUGCAGCGAAGCUGACGACGAAGCAUUGGAUAAUAUACUUACUAAAUUCUGGCAAUUGGAGGAAAUCAAUCAAACGGAUGACAAAUUCACUGAUGCAGAAAAGAAAUGUGAAGAAUCUUUUGCUCAAAAUACUCACCACAAUCAUGAAGGGCGAUUUGUCGUGAAACUACCAUUUAAGGAGGAUACAACUGUUCUUGGUGAAUCCAUGCAGAUGUCGAUGAAUCGGUUUUUUAGUCUUGAACGUCGGCUUUUGAAGAAUUCUGAACUAAAGAAGAUAGCAGCGCCGUAUCUGGCAACUAAGUGUCUACAAACCCUGGCCAGAGAGCAUGCCGUUAAAUUUCCGCUUGGUUCCGCUACACUCAGCAAGGAUUUUUAUGUCGAUGACGGUUUAAAUGGCUCAGACAGUCUCACGGAGGCAAUUGCAACAAAGGAUCAACUUAUUAAAAUAUUGGCGACAGCUGGUUUCAAACCUCGCAAGUGGUGCGCAAAUAAUGCCCAAUUACUUCAAGGACUCGCUCCAGAAGAUCAAGAAGUUGAUCUCGAUGUCAGCAGUGAGUCACAUAAGACAGUAAAAACUCUAGGCCUUAUCUGGCUACCAAAAUCUGAUCAAUUUUCAAUAAAAACUAACGGACCUACACACAGCAAAAUAACAAAGAGGACCGUAAGUUCCUCCGAGUUGGCGCACAUUUUUGAUCCACUUGGAUUAAUGGCUCCCGUAGUAGUGAAGGCGAAAAUAUCUGUUCAAAGAUUGUGGCAGUUAAAACUUUCGUGGGAUGAAGCUCUGCCUGCUGAAAUGCAUACUCAAUGGACCCAUUUUCGUCAGUGCUUAUGUGAAAUAAACAAUGUGAAGAUUCCACGACAUAUAUUUCAUCAUAAACAACCAAGGAAUACUCAGAUUCAUGUAUUUACUGAUGCCAUUUACAUCAGAGCCGAAAUGACUGAUCGAACUAUUUCAGUUCAGUUACUUUGUUCAAAAUCACGCGUCGCUCCAUUAAAAACGCAGACAAUACCAAGACUUGAGUUAUGUGCGGCUUUACUAGGAGCACAAUUGGUAGUAAAGGUAAAAAAGGAUUUGGAAUAUGAACAUCAUCCGAUAUAUAUGUGGACUGUUUCUGAGAUAACAUUGCAUUGGAUCAAUUCAGAACCAUCAACAUUCCAAACUUUCGUUGCUCAUCGUAUCAGUAAGAUUCAGCAAUUAACACUAAAGGAACAGUGGAGGCAUGUCAAUACUAAACAAAACCCAGCUGAUUUAUUAUCCAGAGGUGUAGAUCCAAUUUACAUUCAGAAGAAUGCAAUGUGGUUUUAUGGGCCACUUUUCCUUCAUGGAAAUCAAGAAUGCUGGCCCCAACCAUUCCGUCAGGAAUUGAUAACAUCCGACCAUAUACAAGCGCAUGGAAACUCAUUCAUAAGGUUGCAACGAAUUCUUGGCUAUGUGUUGAGAUUCAUCAAAGGGUUACGUAAUAAGAGCAAGCACAACGACAUCAAUUUGACACCAUUAGAACUGGAUGAGUCAUUACUCAUAAUAAUAAAAGCCAUACAGCUUAGUGAUUUCAAUGAAGAACGACAUCAACUCUUAAAGAAAAGGUAUCUGAAGGGAAGCAGUAGUCUCCACGGACUUUCUCCAUUUAUCGAUGAUAGUGGCGUCAUCAGGGUUGGAGGUCGAUUCACGUCAUCACAUCUUACCUACGAUGCCAAACACCCCAUGCUGCUGCCUUAUAACGAUCUAAUAGCUAAGCUCAUAAUGAAACAUUUACAUGAGAAGGGACUUCACUGCGGACCGCAAACAUUAUUAGCCCAGUGCAGGCAGCGAUUUUGGCCAAUAAAAGGCAAGAUUAUGGCUCGAUCCAUUGUGCAACAUUGUGUACAAUGCACUCGAGUACGCCCACACAUGUUCAAACAAAUCAUGGGCAAUCUACCAGCUGACAGAGUCCAAGCUCAAAAACCUUUUUUCAACGCAGGUGUGGACUUCUGUGGUCCCAUAUGGAUACACCACAAAAUUAGAGGCAAAAGACCAUGCAAAGCGUACAUCGCAGUGUUUUGCUGCUUCUCCACGAAGGCAGUACAUUUGGAAGUUGUUAGUGAUCUCACCACAGAUGCAUUCUUAGGCGCUUUGAACCGGUUUACGUCAAGAAGAGGUCGAUAUCAGAACUUAUAUUGUGACAACGCGACUAAUUUUGUGGGCGCUAAAAAUCAAAUGAACGAGUUAGCUGAAAGCAUUCACAGCACAAAUGCUCAAAACAACAUAAUAAGAUCCUGUUCAGCUCAAGGAAUUGCUUUUCAUUUUAUACCUCCGAGAGCACCACAUUUCGGAGGAUUAUGGGAAGCUGCUGUCAAAUCAGCUAAAUAUCUAUUGGUGCGAACUAUUGGCAACGUGUCACUCACUUACGAGGAAUUGGAAACAGUGGUAACCCAAAUUGAAACACCAUACACUCCCCAAGAGAAUCCGGUUGAACGCACCAAUCGAACGUUAAAAACAAUAAUCGCACAAGUGUCAGAACAGGAACAGCGUAAAUGGGACGAUCAUCUACCUGAAAUAAUGUUAGCACUCAACUCCAGUGUAUCCACAUCUACGGGUUACAGUCCAGCUUAUAUUAUACACGGAAGAACCCCCAGACUCCCAAGUGCACUCUUCGAUGAAACCACACUUGAAAUAAACUGCGCACCGAUACCCCCUGAAACCAAGCUACACGAAAUGCAAGAAAUACAACAAAUUGUAAAACUUAACCUAGAGUCAGCUUCCCAAGACCAAGCCAAGCAAUAUAAUUUACGACAUAGGGCAUGGAAACCACAGAUUCGCGAUAUGGUUUUAGUUAAAACGCAUCCUCUAUCCAACGCUCAGGCUCAUUUUGCUACAAAACUGGCACCUAAGUUCUCAGGACCCAAUCAGGUGGUCAAUUUUAUAUCGCCAGUCAUUAUCAAACUCAAGCAUAUGCAAACACAUAAAGAGAGUAGAGCUCAUAUUAGCGAACUAAAAACAUAUUACCACGAAUAA